UAACGUGUUAGACUUACUUAUGUUAUGUAGAUAUAGUUAACACAUUGAAAGACAAAAAGAUAAUACUAUUAUAGUAGUUAGCAUAGAUGAAAAGAGCUCAAAAAUUGAAAUGUAUAUAUCCAUAAGCCCAAAGAUCACAAUAAAAACCUGAGGUCAUCAAGGUGAUAAGUUUUAGCGAUUUAUCAAAACAGUACGAACAUAAUAUAUUUACAACAUAUUACAGCUUUUAGUUAGUGCUGUUCGCUUCACCAUGGCGACUAAAAAAAUUUUGGAUUUGAAAUACAAUGAAAUGUGGAAGGCAUGGAAUAACACUGCUGAAGAAGAGGAUGAUAAUUCUUCCACAUUAUUUAAACGGGAUUUAGUACUGUCAUGGAAACAAUUGAAUGUAUCGGUCGUAAAGAAAAUUCCUAAACUUUUUGGUAGUAGUGAGGUUGUAACUCAACAAAUUUUGAACAAUGUUAGUGGUAAUGUUGAAUGUGGCACUCUUUUGGGAAUUAUGGGUCCAAGUGGUUCGGGAAAAACUACACUAAUGGCUACAAUAAGUCAUCGAACAAAAGGAAAUUUUAAUGGACAACUUUUAUUAAAUGGACAUUCAGUAUCUGAAGAAACCAUGAUAAAAAUAUCAGGGUUUGUUGCUCAAGAAGAUGUAAGUUUCAUCCAAUUAACUGUUUUGGAACAACUCAGGUUAAUGGCUAAAUUGAAAAUGGACCGGACCACAGCCAACAAAGUAAUCCAGGACCGCAUAAAUUAUCUUGUUGAUCAUUUGGGCUUGAAUAAAGUUUUAAACUCGCGUUUGUGUGUUCUGUCUGGCGGAGAACGAAAAAAAGUAGCUCUGGCUGUUCAACUCAUAAAUGAUCCACCAAUUUUAUUUUGUGAUGAAAUAACUACUGGUUUAGAUAGUUACUCUGCUGCACAUAUAGUAAACACAUUAAGAAGAGUAGCACAAAGUGGAAAAAUCGUCAUAUGUACCAUACAUCAGCCUGCAUCUGGUUUGUUUGAUCAGUUUCAAGAAAUUAUACUUUUAACUAAUGGCCAGUUAGCUUACCAAGGAUCAGUAUCACUAGUCAAUAAUUUUUUCCAAAAGUAUGGUUACAUUUGUCCUGCUACCUAUAACAAAGCUGAUUUUAUUGUAUCAAUUUUGAAUUCAGAUAAAGUAUUAGAUAGAAACAAUGUCAAUAACAUGUGUGAAAUUUUUUCAAAUGUAGCGCAAAUGAACAUCAACUUUAAUUCAUUCAAUAGGGAUGUUCAGUCAGAAUAUGGACAUCAUUUACAAGCAAAAAAGAUUAAUUGGAUAACUCAAGUAUUGCUUCUGCUGUAUAGAUCAGUGACAUGUUUCAUUAGAAAUUACAAGGAAAAGUUUUUAGAUUUUGGAACAUCAAUGUUUUUAGGUGUUAUUACUUCAAGUCCUUAUGCUAACUUACAAUUCGAUACAAAAGCAGUUCAAAAUUGGGAAGGAUUUUGGUUAUGCUUAGUCAUUAACAUAGUGUUUCAGUUCAGUUAUUCAGUCAUAUCCAUACAUCAAACAAAGUUUUCAGUAGUCCAUCGAGAAGUUAGCAAUAAAGUGUAUUCAUUGAGUGCCUACUACGUGUCUGAAUUAAUAUUAACAUAUAUUUGGGUAUUUAUAAAGACAGUAAUCUUCUGUAUUAUUGUGUUUUGGAUUGUUGGUGUCAAUUGGGCGUAUAUGCAAUUGUUAGUAUUUUUAAUACUCGCAUUUGCAUCUGUUUCAUAUGGAAGUCUGGUGUCAGCAUACUUUAGCCGUGUUGAGGAAGCUGUUGUGUGUUCAACAGUUUACGAGUAUUUAGCAUUGCCUCUCAGUGGUGCUUAUUUAUCAUUCAAGUCAUUACCAAAAGUGUUUUAUUCAUUAAGAUAUCUGUCAUUGUUUUUCCUUGGCUGUGAAACAGUGUCUACUUUGUUUUGGGAGAAAGUCAGUACAUUACCAUGCACUGAAGUUGGUAAUUGUUUGGACACCGGCAAAGCAGUUUUAAAUAAAUAUGGUUUUAUAAGCAGCAAUUUAUAUUUUGACAUAAUGAUGUUGCUUACAUUUUGUUUAUUAGCAAACAUAUUUGGUUAUUUUGGUGUACUUAAAAGAAUGAAAAAACAACCAGCUUAUUGAAAUAGUUUAUUAUUCUUUAAGUAUUUUUGAUAUUAUGAGUUAG